AGAAACUCACGCUCGACCGCCACGCUCGCCACAACGCUCAGCCACAACGCUCACGCUCGGCCACAACGCUCACGCUCGGCCCACAACGCUCACGCUCGGCCGCAACGCUCGUCAGCCCGCAACGCUCACGCCUGGCAACUCACGCCGGGCACAACGCUCACGCGGCCGCGCUCACUCAGCCUGUACUCGCUCGGCCGCAACGCUCACGUCCGGCCACAACGCUCUACCAGCCACAACGCGCUCACGCUGGCCCUACGCUCACGCUCAGCCACAACGCUCGCUUCGGCCGCAACGCUCACGUCCGCGCAACGCUCACGCGCCAGCCACAACGCUCGCUCAGCCCACAACGCUCACGUCCGGCCUAGCUCACCCAGCCACAACGCUCACGCUCGACUGCUCUCACGCUCAGCCUGGCGCUCACGCUCGGCGCAGCUCACGUCCGGCCGCAACGCUCCGCGGCCACAACGCGCUCACGCGGGCACAACGCCACACCGGCCACAACGCUCACGCUCGGCCACAACGCUCACGCUCGGGCAGCUCCGUCCGGCACAACGCUCCGCCCGGCCACAACGCUCGCCCGACAGCGCCCACGCCCGACAACGCUCGCCCAGCCACAACGUCCGCGCUCAGCCACAACCUCACGCCCGGGCACAACGCUCACGCCCGGCCUACAACCACACGCCGGACUUCUCACGCCCGGCCACGCUCACGCCCGGCCCAACGCUCACGCCCGGCACAACGCUCACGCCCGGCCACAACGCUCACGCUCGGCCCAUACUCACGCCCGGGCACAACGCUCGCCCGGCCACAACGCUCACGCCCCGGCCACAACGCUCACGCCCAGGCACAACGCUCCCCGCCAGCCCAAGCCUCCACGCCCGGCCCAAGCUCACGCUCGCCCACAACCUCCACCCUGAACUGCUCGCCCGCCAGCACAACGCUCACGCCAG